AUGCACCUCAUGUACACAAUGGACGACAAGGGAAACCGCGUCUACACCCUCAAAAAGCUCACCGCCGCUGGCAAAGUAGCUAAAUCCGCCCACCCCGCUCGUUUCUCCCCUGAUGACAAGUUCUCCCGUCAUCGCGUGACCAUCAAGAAACGGUUCGGUAUCCUCCCCACUCAGCUCCCUUCCAAGCCAUUAUGA